GGCUGGCGAGAGUCCAUCGAUUGACUCGCCGUUUCGACGUCGCGAUACGGCAUUAGGCAUCAUCUGAUUGUGAAAUCGCUGAGGAGGAUAUCGUUACCUCGCUGAAAAUGGCAUCCAGCAAACCGCCAGAGAUGAACUACACAUGCGAGAUUUGCGGCCUGGAGGGCUUCAACGACGAAGAGAUGCGUUCGCAUAUGGUGCAAUAUCAUCUCCAGGGUGCCGCCAACUGUCCGUUUUGCGAUCUGGGCGAGAUCUCGCCCACGGAGAUGCUGGUCCACGUCAACAGCGCUCAUCUGGACUACUUGACGCCGAGCACCCCGGAGAAUGACAUGAUGGCAUUCAUCGACGACGACUCGCUGAUGGAAGAACACAAUAGGCGCGACGAGUGUCGAGCGUCCUCGCCGUCCAUGUCUCUGCGACCACCUCAUUUGCAGAACGGUUGGGGUAGUUCUCUGGGUGUUCAGCGUGUCAAGCAACAUCAGCAACAGCAAAUGUCGUCGAGAAAGCCGGAAAUAUCGAAUCCUAAUAUGAAUAAUAACAAUAACAACAACAACGCUAAUGCCGUAUUGGAAGGUGCAGCUGGCCAAGGUUCACCACUGCGUUCAGGCCUAAAUCUACAACUGCGUUCCCACGCUUCCCCAAAACUUCCAGUGCAGGAGUGCCCGAUGUGCCCCUACAGUUCCGACAGUCCUCUGAGACUGGAAGAGCAUAUCAAUCGCCAACACUUUGAUCUCACUUCGCCAUCCUUCCCGCCGGAAUCACCGCCGUCUCGGGAUGGAGUAUUCAACUGCCCCCUUUGUGUUACAUCUUUUCCAAAUUCUUCUGAUCUUGAGUUACAUGUUAAUAUUGAACACAAGGAUAUACUUAGUCCUGCGAAUGGAACAACCUCACAAUCCGACAUAGCUACCGUCGGUAGCGACUCUUCGACACCCGCAUGCCCAGUAUGUCUUAGUACAUUAUUUAAAAACAAUGACGACCUAAUGGCACACAUCGAAGAACAUUUCAACAAAAAGAGCACGCCUUCACCUGUGACGCCAGACGUGUCGACUGACCGAAUGCUGGCGAAAGAUAUGGAGAGAAGGGAGAAGGAAGUAAGAAAGCUGCGUGAGCAGCGCGAAUUCGAGAUGUUGAGAGCGCAAUACGGUAUGGACAAUCAGGGUAACUUCAGAGAGCAAAGUGUCACUAAUAUGCAGCGGGCUGUGUAUGCGGGCGAAAUGACGGUAGCUGAUUUCUUCGAGAGGCAAAUCGAACUCAGAGUCGCCGAGAGUAGUGGCAUCGACGACGGUAGUUCUUGUACACGCGGGCUGGUCCCGAAAGUACGAGCCAUUAGUCAGGCUUGCAGUAACGUAGUAAACACCUGGAUGUGUUCUACCGUGGACCAUUACGCAUCGACAUAUGGCGACAAAGGCUGGGGCUGCGGUUACAGGAACAUGCAAAUGCUAAUCUCGUCUCUCUUACAGCACACAGGGUACAACGAGCUAGUUUAUAAAGCGUGGAGCUCUGGGGUGAGUGGAAGUUCCACGGAGAAUCCGCUACGCAGCUCCAUGCCGUCGAUUUCUAGAUUGCAGAAGAUGAUUGAGUGGGCAUGGGCCCAGGGUUUCGAUAUUCAGGGCGCGGAGCAGCUCGGCGGUAAACUCGUUAACACUAGGAAGUGGAUCGGCGCUACGGAGGUAUUCACGCUGCUGUCUAGCUUGAGAAUAAAGUGCCAGCUGGUGGACUUCCAUAGACCUACCAGUGCGGACGGCGGCCAUCCCGAAUUGUUCAAUUGGGUUUUACAGUACUUUCAACGAUGCGACGACUUCAAGCCACCGCUUUAUCUUCAACAUCAAGGACAUAGCAGAACAAUAAUGGGAGUAGAACAGUUGAGAGACGGUUCGAUAACUAUGCUGGUACUGGAUCCGAGUCACAGCCCGGCACAAAUGGCGCAUUUCAACAGUACAAGUAGCGCACCUGGCGCCAUGAGACUCGUACGAAAGUCUACCGCCGCAAUGAAAGCCAGACAGUAUCAAGUUGUAGCUGUAACCGGUACCAUGGACACAGAAGCGCAAUAUCAGCAAAGUAAAGUACUACGAUCAAUGCGUGUACCUCAAGACAGGUGAGAGUUACUAGUUCGAGAAAAAGUCGAGCCUGGCGUGAAGACUAUAGACUACUGCCUCAAACCAAUCUUGUGCGGCAUCCUUGAAGUUACGUGACUGCGAUGUCCUAUGUUCUUUUACCGCUACCAAAUUUACUCCAUUGUAGUAGUUGCAGAUCGUAUUAUUUAACAAUAUAUUCUUGCAUCUCUUAGCCUUAAUGAUAUGGACUGACUUGAAUCGUGGCGUCCGCGCAAAGCCUGCAACGCGAUGAACGAUUUUGCGGAGCUAAUGUUUAAAUAUCAAAAACAAGAACAGCUCUUCAACGCGUUCAAACACGUAAUUCUUUCCGAACGGAGAAAGUCUAUCUUUAAUAAAAAAAAAAAAAAAAAUUUACUGUAUUAUGGUGAGUGUGAAUUUCUGCGAAAAAAAAUUAUCACAUUAGAAAACCGUGAAAGAUUCGACAGAAAAGAUAGUGUUAAAUUAAUUGUCAUUUCUUGUCCAAGUGUUCUGCUCAAUUUUCGUCGCACAGAACAGGCUGUGCUAACCUUCAGUCGACCAAUCUGUCUUGUACCGAUCGAUUGCGUCAUUGAAAAUGCCGUGGCAGAGCUUGAAAAAAACGAGACUUUUUCGUAGCUGUGAUGCUGUUAUCAAUACGACGCUAAUUACUCACAUUCGUCUAAAAAAAAAUAAAACAGGUGCACUCUUGGAAACGCUCCAGAAUCAGCACGGUGUUCCCUGCACUUGUUCCAUUCUAUAUAUCUUACAAUUUAUAACGAAGACUUUUUCCAUCAAAGUGUUGUCGACUUUUAGUCAAUAUAAAAAGUGCCGAGAGAGAGCUACAUAUGGUAUAUACCUUAUGACAAAUUUUAUAUAACAAUACGAAAGAUAUUCUUUGACACAUUUUGAUUGCUAAAAAAACGCUUUUACGAAAGAGUCUGGAGUGUCUGCAAAAGUUGCAUUUUUCAUAUUAUAUAUAUAUAUAUAUACACACACACACACAUAUAUAUAUAUAUAUUAUAUACUGGAAUACACACAACAUUACACACAUCUGCACUCUUCGUUAUAUCGUAUUUCACUUUACUCAGAUACACACACACAACACACACAUAAAGUACAACUAACUUUCAUAUUACUUACAAAUAUUCUAUUUAAUUACUCGAUCGACUCUAGGCUACUUAUGUCUUAGCUCGUAAGUCCAACGCAAUGCUGUGAAUGAGAAGAUAGUUGAAAAAGUCCAUUUACUUGUUAUUUAUGAUAUACUCAGCAACACAGUUAAGUGACUUAGUAAAUUAUUGUCAUUAUUCUCUAUUAUCGUAUUUCAUAUAAAUUGUAUUUAUAGUUAAAAAUAUAGGUUUUUCGCGCGUGCGCGAGACAAUUUGACGAGAACGCAACUCCCGCGCCGUGCGAAGGCGUAUCGCGUUAUUUUAUAGCUUCGAUAUAUUUAUCAUGCACCGUCAGAUGUAAUUCGUCUUUCAGCCGAUAGUAGGACCACGUCGCAAUAACAUAUAUUGACUGAAUGCAAAAAAAAAAAAGGUCGAUGAAUUAUUAUAAAUUAUAGUAUUGAAUAUUUUAUCAUAUAUCGAUUUAAGAAUCUGUUCAUUUGGAGUGUUCAAGGAAAUCCAAUUGUGGAAUUGUUAUGCAGGAGUAAAAACCUUCGCAUUAGCCACACAUUAAAUUAAAAUAUAUGCUUUGUUAGAAUUCCCAAUAAUGGACUUCUUUACUCUCAUCCUUUAUUAUAAAAUUAUGGAAAUCAAAGAAUGAAAUGUGUGCAGUUGUCAAAAUAAAAAGUCUAAAAUGAAUUAUAUUGAGAUGACUUCUUCCAAAACAGAAUGAUAAUGUUUAUUUCUUAUGAAAACUCAUUAGUAUAAUUUAUAUCUGUCACAGAUCUAUGUAUACUGAAGUAAAGCUACCAAACAAUGAUCUACUAAAUAAUCAACAUUUAUGUUAUGUAGAACUUAACAGAUAUUUUAUUUUCUACUAAUUCUAGAAAUAAGAUUAUUUACAGAGACAUAUGUACAUAAACAUGUAAAUAUGUCUACAACCUGAGCAUUUUCAAAACUUUACAGAAUGUGAAGUUGCGAUCAAUCCUACAUUGUAUACUUCCAUCUCUUAA